AUACGAAUUUUUUGCACUGAUAGAGAGUCUAGAAGAAAAAAAGUCCGAAGAUUUUUUGCCCUUUUUUUGCACAUGGAUAAUAUUUACAAACAUUCAAUCAAUCCUGUGAGCCAAAAUGAUCGCAGCGCGUGCUAAAGGAUCGUCAUUCGUCAGCAGAGUGUGGCUUCUCCAUCAUGCCUCUCGUCCAACAGCAGUCGUCAACUCGAAGCCAUUGACUUUGAUAUUCUGGAGCUAAACCCAUUUAUAAAAUUGAAGAAUAUCUUUAUAUUAAUCACUGAUUUGUAUUGAAGAGAAUUCCAGGAGACCUUUCCCUUCUUUAUUCUGCUGGUUCAGAAUCAACAAACAUGGCGAAGAGGGCCUUUUUUCGUGAUUCGUAUGUGAAUCUCUGCCUUUUCAUGCUCUGCUCGGAUUUCUGUGGGCGCUGUGGGUCAGCCGACGGCCUGGGUGUGUACGACUCCUUCACUCUUUCCACCUUCAGUUACCCUGAAACCAAGCUCGAACCCUAUGCAUGGCGCUACAUCAGAGUUGAUUUGCCACGACAGUUUUCUUCAAUGUCUAUUGCAUUAAAGUCGGAUGUAGAUCUCGAUGAUAAAGGCAUAACCAAAGUUCCCAAAAGCAUGUUGCCAAUGAUAUGUUUCCGAGAUGGUAGCCCUCCUUUGCCAGAUAUCUCAAAUACCUUUUUUAAAAGUUUAGAUUUACAUCCUCUCUCUAAUGGAUCUUUUGGAGGAAUGGAAGGUCAUCAAAAUCUGGAGAAGUGCUAUCCCAUGCAGAAAAACAUCACUGUGAAGUUAACAAAUGAGCAGAUAUCUCCAGGAGUCUGGUAUUUUGGUCUUUUCAAUGGCAUUGGACCUAUGAGGACACAGUCAAAAAUGAUUUCUCGAGGCCUCGCAUACUAUUUCAGUGCCAACAUUAGUGUCGAAGGAUGUGCAACUCCAACAAUGUGGGGCCAGUACUGCAACCAAACAGUUGAACCACUUUCAUGUGUUCUGUACGAAAAUAAAAAUUUCACAAGAAAUCUGUCUGAUGGUCAACUGUAUAGUGGAUCAGUGGAAAAUUUAGUUUCUUGCAGACAUUCUCUUCUGAAUUCUUGCCUGGGGGUUGAACCAAAAGUCUACUCCUUGGAUGUGGUGGGUAUGGUGGAACAAUUGACCAUUAUGGCAACAAAUGUUACAUUGAAUGAAAGACAGGCAAAUAAAAAUGGGAAUAAUAGUGAAGUCAAGUUGAUGUGUUUUGUUCGACAUGGUGCAAUGCCUCUUGCUACUUUGCAUGAUUAUUCAGGUGACAUAAACAAAUCUCCUUUGGUUAUUAGUUCCCCAAAGGUUGGUCGCUGGUACAUUACUAUUUUACCUGUUAAUCUGUCAAAUGAAAUUGGAGGAAGUCAAGAUACUAGUGCAAAAGUUUGCUAUUCCAUGGAAUGGCAAAUGCUUGAAUGUCCUGGGGGAAAGGCUGGAUUGAACUGUACAUGGGAAAAAUACAUGCUUCAGACAUUUCUCAGGAAAGAUCCAAAUGUUCCAUUUGAAUCUUAUUAUUUGCCAAUUGGUGGAAAGGUGUCCGUUGAUUCUGCCAAUUUCCCUCUUGAACCCCUUUUAAGCAAUUCCUCAUUUGUGGGAAAACUAGAUGAUGCUUGGACUUAUUUUCUUCUGGACAUUCCUCGUGGAGCUGCUGGAGGAAAUUUUCACAUCCGUUUAACAUCAAAUGCAAAAAUAAAAUAUGAGAUAUACGCCAGAUUAGGUGGAUUACCGUCUGUUAAUAGCUGGGACUAUUUCUAUGCAAAUAAGACAAGCGGCAGUAGAGGUUCCAUGUUUUUCAAGUUGUAUAAUUCAAGUGAAGUAGCAGUUGAUUUUUACAUCUUUUACGUUAGUGAAGGAACUUGGGGUUUUGGAUUAAGGCAUCUAAAUUCCUCUGGUAGCUCUUCUAAAGAUCAAACUACCAUGUCUGUUUCACUUGAGAGAUGCCCAAAAAAAUGCUCUUCUCAUGGGAUGUGUCGAUCUGCCAUGGAUUCAAGUGGUCUAACAUUAUACAGCUACUGCUUCUGUGACCGAGACCAUGGGGGCUUCGACUGUAGUGUUGAAAUUGUAUCACGUCGAGGGCACAUGUGGCAGUCAAUUUCUCUUAUUGCAUCAAAUGCUGCAGCUAUACUUCCUGCUUUCUGGGCUCUUCGGCAGAAGGCAUUUGCAGAGUGGAUAUUAUUUACUUCUAGUGGAAUUUCAAGUGGAUUGUAUCAUGCAUGUGAUGUAGGCACCUGGUGUGCAUUAACUUUUCAUGCCUUACAGUUCUUGGAUUUUUGGCUGUCUUUCAUGGCUGUGGUGAGCACUUUUGUCUACCUAGCUGCUAUUGAUGAAUUUUCUAAGAGGACAAUGCACACUGGUGUAUCAAUUCUCACUGCUCUAAUGGCUGUAACUGGGGCAACAAGGUCUGCCAAUAUUGUUCUUGUAAUAGCUAUUGGGGCUUUAGGUCUUCUUAUUGGAUGGAUGAUAGAGUUCACUACCGCAUAUAGGUCCUUUUCGUUUGCGAUGGAAUUUUGUUUAAAUAUGCAUGACAGAUGGCAAAUUGUUAGAGGGUGGCUCCAUAAUUUUAUUAAGACACUCAUAAGACGUUUCCGCUGGCCUUUUGUUCUUGCUGGUUUCACUGCAUUAACCAUGGCUGCAAUAAGCUGGACACUGGAAACCAGUGAAAGCUACUGGAUUUGGCACAGUGUAUGGCACGUCAGCAUAUACACGGCUUCAUUCCUCUUCCUUUGUUCAAAGGCAAAUAUAACUGAUGGUGAGGAUUCUCAAAGACCCACAGAUGGAAACUACGAGUUAACUCGGCAGGAUUCAUUCUCAAGAGGUGAAUAAAGAUGGAUUUAUUAUUUUUUUUAUCAGAUUCAAACACCUGGAGAGUAAUAAGUUUCCAAAGCGGCUGACACCGAAAUGUUCUUGGUCAACCAAAGCAGUUUCUUUUCCUGGUGAAGGGACCAUAUAAGUUACUUUCAGUUCAUCAACUUAAAGUGGAACAGUAUCCUUGGCUGGUGAUUUAUUUUUUCGAUUACUAUCUCUGUACAAAUGGUAGGAAAAGAAGGGAAGCAGGAUGUGACCAAAAGAUAACGAGGGAGUAGAGUAGGACAAGGUGAUUAUUGAUUGUUUGUUUCAUGUGAAAUUGUAGCCUUUUAUGGCAGUUUCACAUUACAUGUGUACAUUUUGUUUGUAUCGAUUGGAUUGAUCAAUAAUGGAAGCUGCAAUUCUGUUUUGAUAAAA